AUGAAACGCAAAAAAAAAAAAAAAAAUAUACAUGUAUAUACAUAUAUAUUGCAUUUAUAUAUACCUAUAUAUCCAUAUAUGCACAAACCUACUUGUAUACCUACUUACAUAUAUACCAAUACAUAUAUAUUAAUAUUUAUAUAUAGGAAAAAACCCAAUAUUACGUCUGGACGUACAAAUCUUUUUCGUGUCAUUGAUAUACCUCAAAACGAUUAUGACAUGUCUACAACGAAAUCAUCAAAUAGGUAUGUCCCGUAUGAAAGUCACAAAUAUAAAGGAAAAACAUAUAUUUACAUGGAAGGAGAAGAAACGGACGAUUACAGUUAUAUUCGUGACAUAUCUUCCUCUGAUAUUACAUCUUCGUCAGAGAGCGAAUAUGAAGAAUUGGAUAUCAAUGAUAUAUAUGUACCAAGUCUUUCAAAAUAUAAAACGUUGAUUGAAUUAGUACUAGAACCUUCAAAAAGGGAUACAUUUAAUACACCAAGUGGUGACACAUUCACCAAUAAAUUUAGAGAUGAUGAAUGGAACCAACUGAAACAGGAUUUUAUUGAACAAUAUUUACAAAACAUACAAAAGGAUUUUAUUUUACAUGAUAGUAUGGAUGAAAAACCUUUUAUUACUCAAAUCCAGGAUAGAUUUCUUGAUAGUAGUCAUGAAGAAGUUAUUUAUAAUAUUGAUUGGAAUGUUCCUGAAAAUAUUAAUAGAAUUAAUAAUAUCAUGCAUGAUACAAAAUACUGCUCAAAUAAUUUAUAUACUGGUACAGAUUUAAUUAAUGAUUCAUUAAAUGGUAACCAAUAUAUUGAUAUAUAUGAUGAGAUGCUGAAACGAAAAGAAAACGAAUUAUUUGGAACAUAUCAUACAAAAUAUACAACCUUUAACAGUGUUUCUAAACAAACACCUAGUGACCCGAUAAUUAACCAACUAUAUUUAUAUCAUAAAUGGAUAGACAAGCAUAGAGAUAUUUGCGAACAGUGGAAAACCAAAGAGGAUAUGUUAUAUAAAUCGAAUGAAGUGUGGAAUAUGGAACGUAAGGAAUAUCUAUUGGAUAUACAACCAUCAACUCUGGAUGAUAUUCAUAAAAUUAAUGAUGAAACAUAUAAUAUUAUUAGUACAAAUAAUAUAUAUGAUCAUCCCUCACAGGAAACCCCCCUCCAACUACUUGGAUCAACAAAUAUUAUACCCAGUUAUAUUACCACGGAACAAAAUAAUGGAUUGCGCACAAAUAUAUCUAUGUAUACAUAUAUUGAUGAAACAAAUAAUAAUAAUGUGGUAGCCACUAGUAUAAUAGGUGACGAUCAGAUGGAAAAUUCGUACAAUUGUUGA